UACUUUUCGGCUUGGCUUUGGGUCACCGUACUCUAGUAAAGUUCUAGUUGGAUUUGUUCUUUCAGACGGGUUAUUAAGAACAUACCAUUCACCUAACGGGGAUAUAAGAUGGAACAGAUUCACAAGCCCCGAUGAAAACGGUCAAAUUUCAGAAAACGGAGAAGGCUUUUUCUAUAAUAAUACCAAUAAUGAAGAAGCUACUUCAUCAAUAUCACUAAAUAUACUUGAAGGAGGAUUUGGCUAUGUUGUAGUCACCAAAUCUAUAGCACCAGAUUUGCAGGAUGUGCUUUUUUCGCAAUGGAAUGUUUAUGUAUCAUUUUUGAAACCUGACAGCACGAUUCCGACAAAACCUUUUAUUAUGUAUCAGACGCCUAUGCCAUACAUAAGAAUGUCGAUUCUGCAUUGUGCGGUGGUCUUUGAUGGAACAGGAAAUGAAUGUCUUAUGUUAAUAUCGGUGAAUCUUACCAGUACGGUUUUUAUGGAUACGAAUGGCACAUCAAAUUAUACCGCAGGCGGUAAUAAUUCUACUUCAAGUCACCUUUACAAUACAACAUUAGCAAAUCCGAAUCAACCUUUUAAUAUAGUUUCAAGUAUUCGUUUUGAAAGUCAAGGCUCAGUAACUGAUAUUCAAAGAUUAAAGGCUGAUCAAAUAAUCCAUGAUAUGACGUUACUUCCACUUUUCUAUGGUGGAUAUGUAACCUUGGGAGUAAUAAAUAAUGUAACAAACGAGACAGGUGGUGUUAUGUUAGAUCGUGAUGGUAAUGUAAGAGAACAAUGGAGUUAUAACACAUUUACAAAUCAUUCAAGUGGUUAUAUUUCGAAUACGUUAUGGGCCGCAAAAAAAGAUUCAACAACAGCUAGAAACUGGACAAUAAUAACAAAAGAAUUUCCUAGGCUUAAGGCUGCAAGUACGGAUAAUUUUCCAAAAGAUGCUGAUAUUCGUUAUAACAAUCCAAAUAUCGACACUACUUUCCCAACAAUUGGCGCCGUUAUCUCAUCUAAUAUAACACAGAUAAGCAUUACCUAUGCUGAGCCUGUUAUCUUGUCAUCUGGUAAUAUCACUAUAUAUCAAGAAGGCAAAUAUGGAUCAGCUGACAUUUUUCGUCAAGGAAUAAAUCGAGUUACUAUACAAGACAAAAAAGUCACGAUUUAUGUUCUAGACUCUACCUUUAAUAUCCCAAAUGCUACUUAUUAUGUGAUAGUUGAUACGAAUUUUGUUCGAGAUUCUAAUACACGUGAGGCUUUGCUUGGAUUGGAUAAAGAAAGUUGGCAAUUUACUACUGAGCCAUUUAAACCUGGUAGAAUUGAUAAAGAUGGACAAUCAGGACUAAUUCGAUUAACACCCGAGGCGUCAAUGACAUUUAAAAGCUUAUUAAAAAAUAGUUCUUCCAUAUAUGAAGAUGUAUUGAAUGAGCUCGCAAAUGCUAUUCCAAUUUCACGCGAAAGACUUGAAAUAAAUAAAAAAUACCAAAUCGUCGGUGAUCAAAUUCUUCUUCGAAUAACUAUCCUACCAUCAAAAGAUAAUUCCGAAAUUAGCAUCAAACAAGUGAUGAGUAAUUUGAAUACUCUUAUCGCAUAUAAAGAUAUCACGUCUAUUUCAAGAUAUAAUUAUACCAACUGGUUGGAUAGUAGUUUUGGAUUUCAGGAAACAAAUAAUAUAUGGGAAAAAUAUAAGCUCAUGAUUGUUAUAGCUAUUGUUGCCGCUUCUUUAAUUUUUAUUGUGUUUCUCAUGGCUUGGCGGAAGAAUAAAAAUGGACGAAAUAGUGUUAUUUUCACAAGUGCAUUGAUUCUUCAAGAUAUUGUUUUCGAUUUUGCAUUUGUAAUAUUUAAUAGUAAAGAUAUCCCCGAACUUUAUAUUUACAGUUUGUUUACCCUAAUAAUUCCAAUAAUCAUGAAUUGUGCUAGCGCUCUAUACGUAAUAUUAUCAGAGAAUUCACGAAACGACAAAUUUAAUUCCUGGUUCCGGAAGUAUCCACAAGUCGCCGCAAUAUUUACCUUGUUUGCCAGUGGUGAUGUCGUUAUAUUGCAUGUUCUUGAUUCUCAAGUAGCAGGCCUGCAAAUCUUUUCUGCUACGUUUUCUGAACGUGCUGAGGCCAUUAUAUUUAUAACGAGCACAUUGAAUUUAUUUAUUGAAGAUCUUCCGCAGUUUAUUAUACGGGUUUGCUAUUGGCAGAAUACUAUCGAAUACGAUAUAAUUCCAUUGAUUGCAUUAUGGUCUAGUGCAGUAGUCUUACUGAAUACUCUUAUUA